UAUGGGGGCGGGCUCUCCCCGCCGCGCCGCCGCCGCCGCCCCAGCCCGGCCGCAGAGAGCGAGCCGCCGCCGCAGGAGCCGCCAUGGGGGUGGAGGGCUGCACCAAGUGCAUCAAAUACCUCCUCUUCGUCUUCAACUUCAUCUUCUGGCUGGCCGGAGGGAUCAUCCUGGGAGUGGCCCUGUGGCUUCGCCAUGACACGCAGACCACCAGCAUCCUCUACCUGCAGCUGGGGGACAAGCAGGCCCCCAACACCUUCUACGUCGGAAUCUACAUACUGAUUGCGGUCGGUGCUGUCAUGAUGUUCGUGGGCUUCCUGGGAUGCUACGGCGCUAUCCAGGAGUCUCAGUGCCUUCUGGGAACGUUCUUCACUUGCCUGGUGAUCCUGUUCGCCUGCGAAGUUGCGGCUGGAAUUUGGGGAUUUGUUAACAAAGACCAAAUAGCCAAAGAUGUGAAGCAGUUCUACGACCAAGCGUUCCAGCAGGCGCUCAUGGCAGAUUCGGACGCGAGCAACGGGAAGGCCGUAGUGAAGACCUUUCACGAAACGCUGGAUUGCUGUGGUCCUGAUACUGCAAUAGGAACUCUCCCUGCGCUGUGGAGAGAGGACCUCUGCCCGAAGGCCAUACAGAAAGUCUUUGUUCAGAACUUGAGCUGCCACAAAAAGAUUGACGAGCUCUUCUCCGGGAAGCUGUACCUGAUCGGUAUUGCUGCCAUUGUGGUCGCCGUGAUCAUGAUCUUCGAAAUGAUCCUGAGCAUGGUGCUGUGCUGUGGCAUAAGGAACAGCUCCGUCUACUGAGACGUGAGAGCCGGUGAGGGGAAGGGGGGAGCAGGGCAGACGGCGCUGGAGGAGACCCCAAGUGCCACCAAGUGACCAGGAGACAUUUCAACAAAAGACAAAGAAACCUAUGUAUAUAAAUACUUCCAAUAUUACCAUACAGUACUUAUCAUUUUUCUUUUGAAGUACUUUUUUUUUUAAUAAAUAAAACUUUCCCAUA